UGUAUUCACUUUCUUUUCACUCUGCAUGUACAUCUCCUAGAGCCACAGACUCUAGUUGAAGCCUUAGAGAUGAUGAAGUUACUGGCAGAAUGAGGUGCUUUCUCGGAGACAUGGCUUCAUUGAGCUUCAUUCUUCCUGUGGUUACUGGCCUCUCUUACCUAAGUUCAACGAAUCCUUGCUAGCAGAGCCCAGUCCUGGCCUGUUCAGCAUGUCUGAGAAAUCAUAGUUUCUGCAUGCUGCAGAAGCAAACAAGAAGAAAACUGAGAAUGGAAAAGGCUACCCACAGCAAUCAGGAAGUUAAGAAACAUGUGCGCCUGCAAGAUCGAAGGGGUUCCAAUGUGUCAUUGGUGUUGGACAUGAGUUCUCUGAGCAACACUGAACCCAUUGUGCAAAUCUCCACUCCUAGAGAUGUCACAGUGCAGUUUUUGAACACUGCCAGUCAUGUCCUAACACAGAAGAAACUCCAGGAAUGGAGCUUCAAUCUGGAAGAGCUUCAAGAGGAGUUUGCGAAAAUCCCCUCAAACUUCAUCACUCCAGAAGAACUCAACAUUCCUGGUCGGGCAGCGAAGGAUAGAUAUAAAUCCAUCCUACCAAAUCCCCAGAGCCGUGUCUGUCUCAAGAGAGUCAACAGCCAAGAAGAGGAGUCUUACAUAAAUGCAAAUUACAUCCGGGGUUAUGCGAGCCAGAAGAAGGCCUAUAUUGCCACACAGGGACCCAUGCUAAAUACAAUCAAUGACUUCUGGACAAUGGUGUGGCAAGAAGAAACUCCACUCAUAGUUAUGCUCACCAAACUCAAAGAAACGAAAGAGAAAUGUAUCUGUUACUGGCCUGAAAGAGAAGCAUCCUAUGGACCAUUUAGAAUUCAAGUGCAAGACAUUUGGGAAUGUGAUGACUACACCAUUCGUAGCUUUUCCCUGCAGUUCAAAGACGAAUUUCGCACUGUGAAACACAUUGUCUUCUCAUCCUGGCCAGACCAGAGGACACCAGAAUCAGCCAAGGUGCUCUUGCAUUUGAUUUUUGAGGUGGAGAAAAUUCUAAUGGCUGCCCAAAACGAGGGACCAAUUGUUGUGCACUGUAGUGCAGGCAUUGGACGGACAGGCUGCUUUAUUGCUAUUCAGAUUGGAUGCCAGCAACUAAAGGACAAAGGAGAAGUAGAUAUUUUGGGAAUUGUCUGCCAGCUACGCAUAGACAGAGGUGGAAUGAUACAAACCAGUGAACAAUACCAGUUUAUCCAUCAUAUACUUGCUAUGUAUGCCUCACAGCUUUCCGAGUUCACAGACAACUAAUCCAUCAUGCUGUGGUAGCGAGAGGAACUGUUUAUAUCUUGACACUGCUUGGAGAGCCUUUUCCUGAUAUCAAGAUAGUAAAGUAUUUAUAUUUCAGCCUUGAAAUACAUGCCGUAGCUCAAACAAGAACUGUUAGGUUGUUGGUUUUAUAUAAAAGGAAUUUAACUGGAUGUAGAGUUUUAAUUUCAUUUUUUAAUAUUUGAACUGUAUGUUUACAAAACAUAAUAUUCAUUUCAAGUUCAUUAAAAUACUGUUGUGUUAAACACGCACACACCCCUGUACAUCUUUUCCCAGUGUUUGGAGGUGUGGACAUUCUGGAAGCAAAAUGCUCAAGCUUGAUCCUGACAAUGAGUGGUUAUGGUUUUGGAUCCCUUGAGAGCAGUGGCAUCCAUGAAUAAGCUUGCAGUUUUCCCUUCAAAACUGGUACACAAUAUGGAGGUAUUCUUAAACUCACAUCUCCUACUUAAGGAGCAGGUAACAGCUAUGGCUAAGAAGGCUUUUGCACAAGUCUAUCUUAUGUGCCAAUUAUAAUCCUACCUGAACUAGAUAGUUGUUCAGUUAGUCACUCUAUCAUCUCACAUAUGACUCUUGUAAUGCAGUCUACAUAGGGCUGCCUUGAAAAAACACUCAGAAGUUGCAACUAGUCCAGAAUGCACCACUAUGGUGUACAUUAUGGAUGUGUCACAUGAUGGUUGUGACAUCAUAUCACAAUUCAAUGGGUUGGCUAUCCUUGUAUGUUCCAGGUCAAUUAAGUGUCAUGUAAUGAAAUUAAGAAAUAUGGCUUCUUGGUCACAGCACCUGCUCUCUGGAACAUUUUCCCUGAGACUUGUUUGGCUCUUAUCCCAUCUGAGUUGAAAGAAACCCUUAAAAUCUAACUGUUUCCCCAGGCCUUGAGUUAGAUUGGGUUGCAGAACCUGUGGGUUUUAUUAACUUAAAACGAACAGUUUUCUUUUCUUCAGAUGCUUGUGAUUGUAUUUUUAUUUUUAUAAUUAUUUCAUUAAUACAUGGUGUCCAGGAUUGCUAUGGAGUUAAGAAGUCCUAUAAAUUGAAUUAAUUGGUUUGUAUUCAGUCAUGAAAUACAGCCUGAUUUAAACAAGGUACUUUAAAUGAGAAAGUGAGACUUCCAUGGAGAGGCGAUCACAUUUAAAUAUAUGGUUAACCUACGAAAUAUUCAAUCAGUCUGUAAGCAUUAACACACAAUAGGUUAGCUGAAUGUAUUAUUGGCUUGCUAGUGUUAUGUUCAAACGGAUGACUAUAUAAAAUACGCAUAUUUUAUAUACUUAAAUAAAAUUGGAAAACAUAUUGUAAUAUAUUUCUUUCCAUCCCCAGUUUUGUAUAAGUUAGAUGCUCUGUAACUAAUAAAUUAGGGCUAAAAUACAUAGGAAGUUGACUUAAACUAAGCAAAAGCGCUAAUCCACUUUACUCAGCAUUGGUGAUAUUAUCUGAAAUGGGGAUACCAACUUUUCCAGCCAU